UGCACUGGUGCGGGUGCACUGGGUGUCACAGCUGCGGACAGGGGCGAGCGCAGGAUGCAGCCCGAGAUGGGCUGGAAACUUCACAUCACCCGGCAGCUGAAGCACAGGGACCGGACGCAGAAGGUUCGCUUCCAGGAGCUCAUCCAGUCUUAUAACAAACUUUUGGAGAAAUCCAGUUUACUGAAGCACCUCACGGAAACUCUGCAGACUGAGCAACUUCCCAGACUCCCUGAGGAAAUUAAGCCUCUCCCUGAUACAGACGAUGACCAAAAGCUCAUCCUUCAGCAACAAAAACAGAUUGAAGAUCUUGCAAAUGCAAAUAGAGAGUUGGCGGUUGAAGCCAUUGACCUGAAGAAACAAACGCACGAGCAGGAUGUGAGACUACACGAGCAGUUGAUGAGAAUAGAGGAACUCACCGAUGUUAUGGCCACACUACAGCAGGAUCGCUUUGUUUUGGAAGAUAACAUCAUGGAGGUGGUAUGCGCCAACUCAGAACUGAAGCAUAAAUACGACACAAUGUUAUGUAAUCGUCAGGGGUUGGAAUACAAUCUAUUGCAAGCAGAGGCCUUGACACAGGAGAAGCUGGAAGAUUUGGUCAAAAAGCGAGAAGAAGAUGCUCGGAAUAAAAACCAACAAAAUGACAGGAGAAAAAAAGCAAUGUUGCUGCAUCAAAUCAAGAUGGCAAUGAGGAGAGAAGUAAGAUCAGACGAUAUUCAGCACUCUUGUUGUGCGUCUGAAGAGUACAGCAGUGAGGAUCACGUGGACAAACCAGCUAAAAGGUCCAGGUCUCUGAACUAUUUGUCAUUGGGUUCCUUCGGUAUCUUGGAAUCCCUAAAAAAUCUAUGUGUUUCGGAGCAACAGGAUUCCAGCACUGCACAGCCAGAUAAUGACAUUACCAGACAUAGGUCCCUAAGCUUAGUGGCUUCAGGUUCCUACAACUUCAUGGGUGCAAUAAAAAAUAUGUUCAAGCGAGAGAGGACGGAUUCAUAUAGCGGUGGGGAUUAUUACCCUAUGUCUUCUGUCUGUGUGAUUUGCUGCCUACCCACAAGAGCUCUGGAUAGCCAGGAUGUGCAUGAGUCAGAGGUUCACGCUGUGAUGUUCAGUCCUAACUCCAGAAUGGUAGCGACUGGUGGAGCCGAUAGAGUUAUUAAGAUCUGGGACAUCGCUGGGCGAAUGCUACAAGUCCACCAGACCUUGGAAGGGAGCAGUAGCACGAUCACCAGCAUUGAAUUUGACCCUUCAGGGUAUCAGGUCCUUGCAGCAUCGUAUAAUGGGGCCGUACAUCUGUGGAAGCUUGAUGGUCGACCUAAUGAGUCCCUCACCGGACACACAGGGAAGGUGACGGCAGCAAAGUUUACAAUGCUUCAGCAUCGAGUGGUCACUUGCAGUCUAGACAGGACCAUAAGGGAAUGGGAUCUUCAGAAAGCUGCAUGUAUCAGAAAUAUCUCCACCCCCUCGUUUUGCAGUGAUGUGGUUUGCUCUGACUACUGUAUUGUCAGUGGUCACCAUGACAAAAAGAUACGAUUCUGGGACAGCAGGUCAGAGGGCUGCUGCAGAGAGAUUUCAAUGGAAGAGAAGAUCACCUCCCUCUGUCUGAGUCAGGAUCUGACGCAGCUUCUCAGCUGUUCUCGAGAUGAUGUCCUAAACCUCAUUGACAUGCGCUCUAGCAACAUCAGGCAGGAGUUCAGAGCUGAUGGAUUUAAGUGUGGCUGUGACUGGACAAAGGCAAUAUUAAGCCCAGAUGGAAGUUACAGUACAGCUGGGUCUGCAGAUGGCACAAUCUUCAUAUGGAAUACAAGAACAGGGUCUCUGGAAAGAACGCUUGAUGGGCACCACAAUGCUGCAGUAAAUGCUGUGACCUGGUCCAUGUCAGGAACAUACUUGGUCAGCGUGGAUCUUAAAAAGAAAGCUGUCCUGUGGAGUGAAUACUGAAAGCUUGCUGGCACCUACACCAUGUUUGUAUCCAGUGCUACCAAAGUCACUGCACACAGCACUGUGCUGAUCUUGUGUCCAGAAGAAGGGCAGGUGUUUAAUUCAGCCAAAACCUUGUGCCAUCAUCUCUCUUUGCAUUAAGCCUCCUGUAAGGAGCAAACAUUGCAGAGGAAUUAUUCUUCGUCCCUUAUUUGGGGCACAGAGUUUCAUUUAUGCGACUAAGGGAUUUCCCACUACUUUUGCUGCCAUAAAACCUAAUGUUACUCUGCAUACUGUAUGAAUUGUGCUGACCACAAAUACUAAGAAUACGGACAUUCAUAAUUCAAUUGUAGCGUGCCAUAAUAAAAAUAUAAUGUGUCCUAAAUUAUAUUAAAAAUAACUAUGUUCUGUGA